AUGAAGUCCGCUCUAUCUCUCCUUCCGGCCAUCGCAUCGCUUGCCUUGGGAACCUGCGUCACCAGGCAAACGGGAUCGAACCCUUCAGUGGACGGACUGAAGUUCGUCAUUGAUGGGGAGUCUAGUUAUUUUGCUGGAACAAACGCAUACUGGCUCCCAUUUCUCACCAAUGAUGCCGAUGUUGACCUUGCCAUGAGCCAUAUGGCGGAAGCCGGCCUCAGGAUCCUCCGUGUUUGGGGUUUCAACGAUGUGAACACCGUUCCUGACAAUGGCACGGUGUACUUCCAGCUCCACUCAGACGGUGUUUCGACUAUCAAUACCGGGGAGUAUGGCCUUGAACGUCUGGAUUAUGUUGUUUCAGCAGCUGAAGCCGCGGGCAUCAAACUAGUUAUUCCAUUUGUCAACUUCUGGGAUGAUUACGGCGGCAUGAAAGCCUAUGUCACGGGAUAUGGUGGGUCUGACAAGACAAGCUGGUACACAGAUGCUGAGAUGCAGGGUGCAUAUCAGACUUAUAUCAAGGCAGUGGUCUCUAGAUACGUGGAUUCGACCGCUAUUCUGGCGUGGGAACUGGGCAAUGAACCGCGCUGUCCAUCCUGCGACACUUCUGUCAUUCAUAAGUGGGCGACUGAAACAAGUGCAUUCAUCAAGUCUAUCGAUCCUUCCCAUCUGGUGGCGAUUGGUGAUGAGGGCAUGGGCCUUGAUGGAGGCAGUGAAUACCCCUACACCACGACCGAAGGCACCGACUUUGCUCUGAACUUGGCUAUUCCCGACAUCGACUUUGGCACCCUGCAUCUUUACACCACAGACUGGGGCGUAACAAACAACUCCUGGGGAAACCAAUGGGUGCAGGACCACGCGGCCGUCUGCGAGUCCCUUGGCAAGCCAUGCCUGUUUGAGGAAUACGGAAUCAAGGAUACUCACUGCACCGACGAUUUGGCCUGGCAAGAUACUGCUCUCGCGGCGGAUGGGGUAGCAGCGGAUCUAUUCUGGCAGUUUGGCGAUACUCUUAGCGGUGGCGAGACGGCGGAUGACCGGUAUACAGUGUUCUACGGUAGCGAUGACUGGGAAUGUCUGGUGGCGGACCAUGUUGCUGUGAUUAAUGGCGCUUAGCGUGUAUAGGACGGGUGUAUACUCACUGAGAUCUCGGGACACGAGAGUGCAUUGACCACAGUGAUCCUCGGGGCGCUAAAUCUGCCCUAGUGGUACAUCAAAAUUCUGUUUAGC